UUACUUUCUAUUUUUUUCGUUUCUUCAGAUCAGUAGAAUCUACUCUAAGCCCCCAAAAUAUAAAAGAUUAUAUAGAUUAAAGAUAAAUUACAGAAAGAAAGAAAAUUCAUUUUAAGAGUUACUCUCCUGUAAAAUUCCGCUGUGUUCCACAACAUAUGUAUACUAUCAUUUCUAAACGUCAAUCAAAUUCUUUUAAUAUGUGUGUACAAACUAUUAGAUUUUUUUUACUGAUAAACGCUACAUUGUGAACAGUUAUAUCUCACUUAAAUUGUCCAUACGUGUAUAUCACCUUAAAUAUUCAAUUCAAAACAUUUUAAUACUUGACCAACCAGUCCGACUAUCAGUUUUAAAAAAAAAAAAACAACGUUAAUCGCCUCCGCCUUUAUAUGGCAUGGCCUGUAGGAAAUGUUGAUCCGAGUAUUGGCAAUAUUAAAUAUCACAACAAGAGGGUCGUUUACGCCAAAUACCUGUUUGCAUUAUACGAAGGGGGCUUAUAUUUCGCUGAACCAAUCGUUGUUGUUAAAUAUCACGGCGCGGUUCCCUAUGUCAAUAGAACGAGUAAACUAUGUAGAUGACCGAAUAUUUAACACUUAAAAGGAAAGGAAUUGAAAUGGCGACAUCUGUCAGCAUGCUGAGAAGUAAAAUAAAAGAACAAAGUCAUGUGAAUAAUGGCAGACUCCACUCAUACACAGCUCAGCCAAAGUGAAGACGACAACGCGAUAAAACCGCCACCACAGAAAAACUCAAAAGUCGACGAAUUCUUGUGUCGAAUCAACGAUACCUACUGCCAGUCGAAAGCUGACCAGAUUCUGAGACUGUUAAGAGACCAAGAGGACCUCAAUUUCCGAUUUAACGAUUGUGAUUUACAUAGUGAAGACUCGAACGAUUCAGACUGUCUAAGUGACAGCUCCGUGAAGGAAACUGAGCAGAGACUCGUUGCUCGACUUGCCCUCCAUAAACAAAGAGGCGCGAGGUCGAAAACUUCUAUGGGAUUUUAUAACGAUACGGAACGGAUAGACAAAUUUAACUAUAGUUCUGACGAGGACGAUAUCGUGAUGGAGGAAAGACCGAACACAAGGAUAAACCGCCCGAAAUCUAGCUAUGUUCGACGUAGAACAAAUACACAUGAAGACUCUACAGAUGAAAAUUUCGAAGAUGAUUUUAUCGAGUCUAGUGUCCAAAGACGAUGUCGUUCAACUCGACCUCAUUCGAGACUUGGAAAUCGAGGAGAAAUUCAUCGAAGUAGUGUUCUUCAGGAAAAUCCCUGCAACAUUCAUGCACCACCGGCAUCUCCACAAGGAGAUCUCAUUGAUGAAACUAAUUAUGACAAAUACGCUCAUACUAGAACUUCAGGGAAUUUCGCUGGUGGUCUGCAAAGACCAAAAUCUCGGAUUAAAGGAUUCUGUGAUACCAAGCAGACUAACGAAAUGAUACCUCAUGCACUAGAGAGACAGAAAACCGUGCAUGAUAUAACAACUGCACACACCUACUCAAGUGACGAGGCGAAAGACGAAUUCACAACAUCUACUCGUCUUCGGCAUCGUCGUCAGCAGUUUCGGCAAGCAAAGACCAGACGUCCAACCUCUGAAAACGUGUUUCUAGUCCGCCAAAGAACCGAGGCAAGAAUGCUACAGACUCAAAACAAUAGUGUACGCCCCAAUUCCGAAAAACCAAUUCUGCAACAGACCAAAGCCUCAAAGAAAGUUUUAUCAAUAGACACAAAUCCUCUCCAGGCCGCUCAAAAUGGCGGCUUCCAAGCUGCUCCAUCGUCUCUGCAGUCUUCUCAAUCAAAUCCGUACCCCUACGGAGUGUCUCAACCCAGACCAGCAUCAAGAAGGAACCACGGGCGACAGGAUAUUUCUCUGAAUGCGAUGGGUAAUGGAGUGCGCAAUACCGGAAGGCCAAUCGGAGUGAUGAAAUUACCACCUUUAGACCCUGCAGUGGCAAAGCGUGCUGAGCGGAUUGUUCUGGCCGCCAGAGAAACCUGUGCCUAGUGCAUUUUAAGUUUUCGUUGUUAAAUAGUUUGGAUAUGCAUUUCAAUUACUUGACAAUAACUUUCUGUUGAUGUGAUUGUGGUCAAUGAGUAUUUUAUAAUUACUCUACUGCAAUGCACUUUUCCUCCGUUUCGCGCGGAAUUUUUUAAAUUUCUUUUAGUGUUAAAUGUAUGAUUGUUCAUUGUUUCCAGGACGAAGCAUAUGGCUAUUAAAUAAACCAAAUAUU